CUAGAAAUUCAGACAACGAUAAAAACAAAGGAAAUCAGAAAAUAAACCGGAUGUUGAUAGAGUUUCCGGAAAAAUGGCUCAGAAUAUGCUUAUACUGUUCGAGCAUGCCUCGGGGUAUGCUUUGUUCCGGGUUAAAGAGUUUGAGGAGGUGGGAAUGUUGCUACCAGAGGUAGAAGCAGGAGUUGGUGAUCUUAGUAAAUUCCAGUCAGUUGUUAAACUUGCUGCUUUUUCACCAUUUAAGAGUGGUACCAAUGCCUUGGAUAACAUAAAUAGUAUUUCUGAAGGAGUUUUACAUGAAGAUCUCCGAGUGUUCAUUGAAACAAAUGUUCCAAAGUCAUCUAAGAAACAGAAGGUUGUCCUUGGAGUAGCUGAUCCCAAGAUUGGUUCAUCUAUUGUAGAAGAAUUGAAAGUACAAUGCCAACACACAGGAGUUAUACCAGAGAUUAUUAGAGGUAUCCGUCUCCACUUUCCACAUCUUGUUAAGGGCCUUUCAGAAGUAUCUGCAAGCAAAGCCCAGCUUGGUCUGGGACACAGCUACUCUCGGGCCAAGGUGAAGUUCAAUGUAAACAGAGUGGAUAACAUGAUCAUACAGAGUAUAGCUCUACUAGAUCAGCUGGACAAAAACAUCAACACAUUUGCUAUGAGAAUUAGAGAAUGGUACUCCUAUCAUUUCCCAGAACUUGUUAAGAUUAUCAAUGACAACCAUAUGUACUGUGCCGUAGCGAAGGUGAUCAAAAACAGGAAGGAAUUUACAGAUGAUAAAAUAGCAGAGCUUGAAGAAAUUGUCAUGGAUGAUGCCAAAGUACAGGCCAUUUGUGAUGCUUCUAGGUCAUCCAUGGGUAUGGAUAUAUCAGUGGUGGAUCUGGUCAACAUAGAGAUGUUUGCCUCCAAAGUUAUCUCCCUUGUUGAGUACAGGAAAUCACUUAGUGAGUACUUGAAGAGUAAAAUGGCAUCAUGUGCACCGAAUCUUGCUACCCUAAUUGGUGAACAGGUUGGAGCACGGCUUAUUGCACACGCUGGUAGUUUGACAAAUCUGGCCAAGUACCCAGCUUCUACUGUACAGAUUCUUGGUGCUGAAAAAGCUCUGUUCAGGGCUUUAAAAACUCGUGGUAAUACACCAAAGUAUGGUCUCAUUUUCCACUCUACAUUUAUUGGGCGUGCCGGAGCCAAAAAUAAGGGACGUAUUUCAAGAUACCUAGCCAACAAGUGUUCAAUUGCAUCUCGUAUAGAUUGUUUCUCAGAUAUUCCAACUUCAGUGUAUGGGGAGUUUCUACGUCAACAAGUAGAAGAUAGACUCAAGUUUUAUGAGACAGGAGAAGCUCCGAAGAAAAACAUUGAUGUUAUGCAUGAUGCAAUGCAGGAGGCUGCAGUAGUACAGGCCAACCUGAUGAAGAAAGAAAAAAAGAAAAAGAAGAAAGAGAAAAAAAGGAAGCAAGAAGGUGGUGAUGUUUCCAUGGAAACAGAUGGAAACACAACCUUAAAUACAACAGCUGAAGGCGAACCUCCUGUUAAGAAAAAGAAGAAAAAGAGGCAAUCAGAUGAAAAUGAGGCUAAUGUCACCAUGGAAACGAGUCAGGAACUUGAGACAACCCAAGAGACAGAAAGUCCCAGCAAGAAGCAGAAAAAGAAGAAAAAGAAGAAGAGCAAAGAAGCUGCAGAAUGAAAUAAAAAUGAUAAAAGACAAUACUUAUAAUUGUUAAUGAAGUAUGGUUAAAACAGCAUGCCUCCAGAUUCAUGCGAAUUUUCAUGAAAAGUUUUAAAAUGUGUUAAAGAGUGACACUGACAGUCUACUUAAAUUACCGGAAAAAAGGUCGAAAUAUGUAAAACUAGCCUUACUGCUUUAGUCAGGAAGUAGAAAUAUAGUAAUAAAUACUGCAAUGUCAAUAAUAAAUUGUAAAAUAUAACAUGUAAAAUUAUUUCUUGAAUCUAACUGCUUUUCUUAAAAGUGGAGUACAUUUUUAUCAACUUUGUUGACUUUCUUGAAAGUCUUUAGAAACUCUGGAGGCAUGCAGCUUUAACAUUUUAAUUGUAUAGAUAAUGUGAACAUUUUAUUUCAUUUCUGUAAUCUUUAUUGAAAACAUUUCUUACUUUAGGCAAAAAUAAAGAGGCAGAUAAAUU